AUGCCAGGUGAAGUUGCAAGACUGGAGGUCAACUUGCCCCCUCUAACGAUAAGUGACUCGGUGGGGAGUAGCACGCCGGCUAGGGCUAGUCCUGAGCCGAUCACUCCACACCUGAAAAAGAGCCCCUCUAACGCCGAAAGGGUCCACUCAAAGGAGCAACUCUGGCAAGAAGACCGUCAGAAUAGGAAGAAAAGGCUUAGAAAAGAAAAGCAAGCUGCGAAGACCGUAAAGAAGAAUUCCGAGGCUGUGCAGAAACAGGCAGCUCCUGCCGCCUCCUCUGCAAUGGCAAAGCUAAGGAAAGAAGAGAGGAGGAAUACGCGUCCGGAUGCAGUCCUCAUUCGACCAACCACUGGGAAGUCGUAUGCGGACCUGCUAAAGGACAUCCGUUCAAAGAUCAAACCGGAGGAUUUGGGGGCGGAAGUCAGGGCUAUUCGUCCGACCCGCACCGGCGGUCUUCUGGUGGAGCUCGGGUCGAAGACCACAGACAAAGACGGGUUCAGUCUCUCUACGGCGGAGGAGGUUCAGGAGGCUGUUGAAAGGGAGCUCGAUGCUAGCGCAGGGGUGGUCAAGGUGUUCCUGACACAACCAAACAGAAGGGAGCAGAAACUCGCAGUUGUCUCUCUGUUUGAGCGGGAAGUUAAUCAGCUGCUGAGGACUGCAAAAAUCAAAGUUGGGUGGGUUAAUUGCAGGAUUCGUCGAAGGGUGGAAGUGACCAGAUGCUUCAGAUGUUUCGGCUACGGCCAUCUGCAGACGGACUGCAAGGGACCCGACAGGAAGGCAUUGAACCUUUGCCUGAAGUGCGGGGAGAGCGGACACAAGCGCGAUACCUGUGCUGCUAAGGCAAAGUGCUUUCUCUGUGCUAACGAAGAUCAGGACACCGUUGACACCAAGCACACUCCUGGAUCGAGAACCCCUUAUUCUGGAAAACAGAUCGAUCUGCUCAUCUUAAGCGAGCACUAUCGUGACCGGGUUGGACCCAACUGGUUUCCGGACUAUCUGGGGACCACUGCUAUCUGGGUCCCGAAUACCAACGUGUUGGUUAAAGGUCACGGUAGGAGCAGAGGAAUUGUAUGGGUGAAUGCCAGCGACGCAAUUUUUGUGAGCUGCUACUUCUCACCUAAUGUUAACAUAGCAGAUUUCCGGAAUCAGCUGGAUGACCUAGAGGAUAUUAUCUUGACCCUAGGUAACAGUUGGAUAAUCUUACCUGGAGACUUCAACGCCAAGUCUGUAGAGUGGGACAUGCCUGCGACGGAUAUAAAGUGUUUCUGGAUUUUGGAGAUGGCAGCCCGGACCGGUCUAGUUGCCUCUAAUGUGGGGAGUGCACCCACUUUCAGAAGACCAGGUUACAGACAGACCAUUCCCGUUGUCACUUUUUCGUCGGAGAGACUCGCAGGAAGAAUCACGGACUGGAGGGUGAUCGAGGAUUAUACCGGUUCCGAUCACCAGUACAACACCUUCAGUCUUAUUGGAAGCAGACUGAGCCGAAUCGUACCAACUCGGGCUUCAGGCUGGAAUGCUUCUAGGCUCAGUGCUGAAUCCUUGUCCUUGGCGAUUGACGAGGGCAAGGAGACAGUUCUCUCUUUAGCUGGUAGUACCACAGACAUUGUUGACGCCAAUAUGAGUCUCAUUGCGCGCGGUUGUGGCGCCGCAAUGCCGCGGAAAAGAUCCUUGGGGAGAAACAGACGCUCGGCUUACUGGUGGACGGAGGAUAUCGCCAAUCGACGGAGAGUUUGUUUGAGGCUUAGACGGAAGGUCACCCGGGGAAGAAGGAGGGGGGGUCUGGUUCCAGAAGCUCUAAUGCAAGAGUACAGGGAUGCCCGUAGAGGUCUCAGGCAGGCGAUCACGGUGAGCAAGGCCUCCAGGUGGAAGGAACUCAAGGACGAUCUAAACGCCGAUCCUAGGGGACUGGGCUAUCAAAUCGUCAUGCCACGGCUAGGUGCCCAAUAUGCUAGCCCUAAAAUGAGCGCAGCCGAACUGGAGGUAAUAGUUAAUGCUCUCUUUCCGUCUCACCAAAUUAGGCCGAGAGGAGCACAUCGCAGUUCGUCCCGAAAAGGUACCUCCGUUCAGUGA